ACGGACGUAUUAAACAUAAAACAAAACCUCGUAUUUGUGUAGAUAUCUGUUCUUUGUCCUUGUAAAUAUAAUAACUAGAAGACGUGUAAAUUAGACGAACAUUACAGAGUUCUAUAAUAAGUAACCUAAUCGACGUGAAUAAGCGAUCAAGAUGAGCAAGCUGUGCCGUCAGGUGUCCAUCGAGUCCCCCGGGCCCACGCUGAAAGAGUGCGUGUUCAGUUUCGACGUGCCCGUGCCUGAGGUGCCCAUGUACGGCGCACGGAUCCGCGUCGCGUACGCCGGCGCCUGCUACAGGGCGAAUCGCACCCGUUCCGCGUCCGUGUGCUCGACAUCUUCCGUCUCGUCCAUCGGCAGCCUGUCGGGCGAGAUGGAGAACUUCGGGAUUCACACUUCAACGCCUGCGCAUAUAGGACUACGCGACGGAGCCCUGUUUCCAGGCUACGAGGUGGCCGGAGUGGUUGACGCCAUCGGCAAAAACGCCGACACUGAAGGCAUUAAGGAAGGCGACAGGAUCGUGCUGUACCCGUACGAAGGAGUCCCCCACGGCUACGCGGACUACAUCGUCGUCCCGGACUUCAAGUGCCUGGUGCGCGUGCCGCCCGAGCUGCCGCUGAGCGUGGCCGCCAUGCUGCCCACCGGCGCGCUGCUCGCCAUGAACACCGUCAACACGGGCAGCGACUACCUGCACAAGAUCCUUGAAGGGCCCGACCACAAGGACAUAGCCACCGUGCUCAUAGUCGGCACCGGCGGCCUCGCGCUCUGGGCUCUGCGCAUAGCCACCCACCAGUUCCGUCAGUCUUGCUGGCAUGAUCGCGUCCGGAUAUCCGUCGCCACGCUCAACGAUGAAGGUUUUCUGUAUGCCAAGGACAGCGAAGAAAUAAAAGUAGUACAAUGGAACGAGGACCUAUACGAGAAACAGCUGAUCGAGCGCACCACAGACGCGUGCGGCGGCCCCGUCGACCUCGUCAUGAACUACGGCACCACCUCGCGUUCACUACACCGCUCACUGCAGUGCCUGGCGCCGGGCGGCGUGGUGCUAGUGACCGAGGACGUGGGCGAGAAGCUCCUGCCCAAGUUCGCGAAGAAGGCCGAGGAGCUGCACGUGCACGUGGCGGUCGUGCCCAACGGCACGCUGGAGCAGCUGCGCGAGCUGGUGGGGCUCGUCGCCAGGGGGGAGAUCGCCCCUCCCCCCCACUCGGUGUUCCCGGCCGAGCAGGCGCAGGAGGUGGUCCGCAAGCUGUGCCACUCGGAGGUCAGGGGCCGCGCCAUCCUGCGCUUCCACAACGUCUAUUAAGUGAGCGGCUCCGCCUGGGGAUAUACAGAUGCGAUUGCCGGAAAUCCAGUGGCGUAACUAUACAUAUAUACCUAGUCAUGUACAUAACACCCAGGACAAUUUUUGUGCUUUUGAGUCUCGAACUUUAUUUCUAUCAAAAUUCGAGUUUAAUUUGUACUUGCACAAGUAGGUACGCGGGGAGUUACGAGGGUAUGCUGGCAAAGUGGGCAAAAUGGUACAGUGCCCUGGCUCGAAGGACCCCAUUUUACCAAGAGGCCGUGAGUAUAGUACAGAGCUAUCGAUACCGAGCGUAUGUCACACUCGAUGCGCGCUACGGGCCUCGGUGUAGUUACGGCACUACGGAGCUCGACCCACGGACACAUCCGUGCGUAACGGUGGCCAAAUAUUGAUAUUUGAUAGAUUUGUCCAUCAGAAAGAUCUCACACACAUCUGUCUUUAUCCCUAGCUUAAGGGCAGUUUCGUGAUGCCUUAUAUAAACGAAGCUUUUUGUAUCCUUCUAAAACGUAAGGUUGCCUCCAGAAUCUCGCGAACUAAAUUGACAGGUCAAUGUGCACAAUUAUUUUUUUUAUUAUGAAUGGGCUUACUCAUGGCCACAGACUAGCCGAGGCGUAGACGUGGCCUACGAUGGAGCGAGCUCGCCCAAAAUGAUACCACAGUUUGGCCAGUGCUGUUCUUAUCGAUAUUUUCAAAGAAGUUUGAAUUAGAGAAUAUCGCGAGAAUUCACCGCUAGCGGCGCUAUUGUUGCGCGGUCAGUUAAAAUGUAUCUUUAAGUAAUUUAAAUUAUUUUACAAUUGUUACUUGGUAUUUCGAAAAGGCUGCUAUUUAACUGAUCACCAGAUUUAAUAAAAUUUACUACCAAAAAAAUCUACUUUACCACCCUAAAAUAAUGAAUGAUCACCAAAAUUAUAACACCAGUUUAAUGUGAAAUGAUUACCAAUUUUAUUACAUUUUACUAUCCUUUUAAAGGAAAUGACACCAAACUAAUCAUUAUUAACCCAAAAAUUGAAAAUGAUUACCAAAUUUCAAACCCCAUUUUAAUGUCAAUUGGUAACCAAAUUUUUACAUCUUGCUAUCCUAUUAAAUAAAAUGACACCAAAAUAAUCAAUGUAAACCCAAAAAUAGUAAAUGACCACCAAAAUUAGAACUCCAUUUUAAUGUAAAAUUAUAACCAAAUUUUUAAAUCUUGCUAUCCUAUUAAAGCAAAUGACUCCAAAAUAAUCAUUGUAAACCCGAAAAUAGUAAAUGACCCCCAAAUUGUAACCACAAUUGUUUCUGUAUGGGUCACAGUUCAAACCUAACCUAACCAACUUUUCUAGUAGCAUUUCGUUUAUGUAAGGGUCGCAGUUCAAACCUAACCUGACCCACUUUUCUAGUAGCAUUUCGUUUCUGUAAGGGUCGCAGUUCAAACCUAACCUAACCCACUUUUCUAGUAGCAUUUCUUUUCUGUAAGGGUCGCAGUUCAAACCUAACCUAACCCACUUUUCUAGUAGCAUUUCGUUUCUGUAAGAGUCGCAGUGCUAACCUAGCCCAUUUAACUGAUAGCAGUUCAAACCUAACCUAACCUACUUUUGUAGUAGCAUUUCAGUAUGCUAGGUACUAGAAAAGUAGGUUAGGUUAGGUAGGUAUGCGGUGCGGGAUACGGGGGGUUGAGCGGGAGGGGCUAGUAAUUUUGGCAUCAUUUUACUUUAUUUGGUAAUAUGUAUACAU